UCUCUCUCUCUCUCUCUCUCUCUCUAAACGCCACAACCCUCCAUCGUCACUUCUAUAUAUAUGUUGCGGUGUCCUCCUUUAGCUCCUCACAAUUUAAGUUUGUUUCCCAACUGUUUUACAAAAUGCCACUGAGAUAAAUUUGCAGUUCGAUGACAGAACCACGUCCUGUAGUCAGAAAGUUCUUGGCCAGACCUCAACAUGAAGGUGUUGGGGCCGUUGUUAGAAGAAGCAUUGGACGGUUUGAGCUGAAGUACUUUGAUCCAUUCCUUGUAUUGGAUGAAUUCUCAGUCACUGCCCCUGCUGGAUUUCCUGAUCAUCCACAUAGAGGAUUUGAGACUGUCACAUACAUGUUACAGGGAGCUGUGACUCAUGAAGAUUUUGAAGGUCACAAGGGAACGAUAGAAGCUGGUGAUUUGCAGUGGAUGACUGCAGGCAGAGGGAUUGUCCACUCAGAGAUGCCUGCAGCUCAAGGCACCCAAAAGGGCCUGCAGCUUUGGAUCAACCUUCCUUCCAAAUAUAAAAUGAUUGAGCCAAGGUAUCAAGAGAUGCUGAGUAAGGACAUCGCAGAAGCUUCAAAAGAUGGAAUCAAAGUGAGAGUAAUAGCUGGUGAAGCCUUAGGAACAAAGUCUCCAAUCCAAACAAGGACUCCAACUAUGUACUUAGACUUCACUCUCAAACCAGGAUCUCACUUGCAACAACCCAUACCAGAGUCUUGGAAUGCCUUUGUUUAUGUGUUGGAAGGAGAGGGCGUGUUUGGCAGCCCUAAAUCUCAGCCUGUGACUUCACAUCACAUUCUUCUUCUUGGUUCUUCUGGGAAUUGCUUGGAGGCUUGGAAUAGGUCUAGCAGUAAGGUGGUUCGGUUCAUUUUGGUUGGGGGUGAACCGUUGGGUGAGCCUCUGGUACAGUUUGGACCGUUUGUGAUGAACACUCAAGAGGAGAUUGAUCAAACUGUGAGUGAUUUUGAGAACUGUGUUAAUGGGUUUGAGAAGGCUAGCCAUUGGAGAUCUGAAGCUGCAAUUGGUUUUGGUUUUUAGUUUUUUUUUGUUGGUUUCAUUUGGAAUUUAGUUAUAGAGCAGGAAAAAAAUUGAUAUAGAAAUAACUGCUGUAAACCUCUCAUUGGAAAUCGAAAGUUAGAGCUGCUUGCUUCU